GUGAUGCCAUGAAAUAUCCCUUUCUCCUGAUUCUUAUUCUGUCAACACUCCCGUCUACAGUAUCACCAUGUGAGAUCACUUUUAUCUUGGAGACUUUGAAAUCCGUAAACUCCACUGCAAGUCUUAUUAUUCGAAAAUCUGUGGAUAGUCUAUCACAAUGCACCAGGUUUUGCUCAUCGGUACCAAACUGCACGCAUUUCACUUUCUCGAACGCCGAACCCAUUGAAAAGAAGAACGGUGGUUUCAAUUGCCAUCUUCACUCGAAGUCACCCGUCUUAACGACAUCUGGAUCUCGGACGGUAGGAACGAAAACUUGUUUGGAAAAUAAAUGUUUGAAGAGAAGUUUUGCGUUUGAAAAGUUCCCAGGGAGGUCGUUGGUCAACUCAUCGUUUAUUAUCAAGACAUUUUCGAUUUCGAUGGAAGAAUGCUUGUCACAGUGUCAGAAAGAGUCAUCUUGUCGUGCUGCUCUGCACAACAAUGACACCUCGUUAUGCCAGUUAUCCAGAGUAUCCCUUAACUCUGUGUACAAUCCAAGACUAUACUUCAAAGCAAGCUAUUCUGUGGAUCUUUAUGAAAACAAUUGCGUUGAUUAUGCGAUGACGUCAUCAGCGUGUACAUUUAUGCGUGUCAACGGGGGUGGGCUGAAAUCGGUCAGUGAUCAGUUGAUUCAAAAUGUUGGAAGUUUUGAUGAAUGUGAACAAAUGUGUGUGAUAAGAAGUCGCAUUUCAGAUGUUUGCAGAUCCUAUACCUAUGACAACUCAACCAACGAAUGUAACUUAAUGUGGGCAUCUGCUAGAAUGCUAGGAAGAAGCCCGCUGGAAUCAAUGAAGCCGAAUUUGUUUCAUGGUGAUUUGGAUGAUUGUGUUAAUUUCUCUCUAAAAUGCCGCGAGGACAAUCUGGAAGUCAAAGCUAGCUCGAUGAGAAUGUUCAUCGGAAAAAUGAUGACUAAAAAGUCAAAGAAAAUAAUGUGUCAAGAAGAUUACGAGGGGAACUACGAUUUUUCGUCAAAGUUUGACUUUAAAAAGUGUGGACUUGAUCCUAACAAAUCCAAAGAUUCUACAUAUCGGGGUAUGGUGCAUGUGAAGGAAGGGAGCACGAGUUUGGUGACUAUAAGGGACAAAGUUUUGCAGGUCAACUGCCGUCUUCACAAAAGUAUGCCAUCGGAAGAGCAAUUCCUAUCUGUUCAAAUGAAUGUUCGUGAGAAUAAUAAGACAAAUCAAGUAAUGUCAGAUGUUGUCGUUGUCACAGCCCCACCUGCCCAAACAAACCCUAAAUUCUCUCUGAAAAUCCUCGGAUUAGAUUCAACAGAAGCCGAUACAGUUCACAUUGGUGACUAUGGAUGGAUUAUGCUUGCCGUUAAGAACUCGGCUGAAGAUUUUACAGUUACUAAUUUAGUGGCGAAGGAUGUUCAGACGGGUCGCGUGUUACGCAUCAUCGAUGAGGAUGGUUGUGUUCUCCGGCGGGAUAUUGUGAAAGAAAUUCGGAAGACAGAUAACUAUGUCAAAUUGAAGAUUAGUUUUUCUGGAUUUAGACGACAGACUGAAGUGGUGUACCAUGCAAUGAUGGAGACAUGUACAGUUGGAUGCAUGCCAAAAUGUAAUCAAGACAUGAUGCUUCCUGAGGAGGAGACCAACGUUCAUUCCCUCCCCUUAUCACUGGAUCUUCCACGACAUCGUAUGGUCCGAAGGUCUCUGGCCGGGGAGCCGAGGGAGCUGCAAUUGACAAGUGAUGUAUAUAAAGUAACUGGACACAAAUUGACACUUCUGAAUCCUCCUUCACCAAAGCAAUUCGACUUCCCAGCUCCCAAGUCAGACUUCGAGUUCAAUGACAACGGAGAGUUCCACGAAGGAGAUGUGAUCGUUGUGAAGCAUUCUCCAAAUCUUUGGACAAGUGUGAAGCAUUGUCUUAUUGAUGACGUCACGUGUAUGCUCACAGUGGUUCUGGGAGCUAUUCAGAUGUUUCUCAUGUUCUCAUGUUUUCUAAUUAUGUAUUGUUAUUACCAGCAGUGGAGAUUUUAUAGGGAACUCAACAGACCUCAAGAGCACAACGUACAGUAUUACACAACUUCUAAACCGGAAGAAAACACCAGAGACACCUAGAUAUUACCGGUAACUCAUUAUGCUUUUAUAUUGUUUUGAAAUUAAUGCACCUCGGGUUUACAAAUUCGCUUUUGUUUUUGUCUUUCUUCAGUUUCCAGUGCAAUUUUAUCCAAUGUCUUUCAUUUUGCCAAAGCGUACAAAACUUCCAGUUUGACAUUUUCAUUUUCUCAGUUUAAAUAAAUAUUCCAAAUUCAUGA